UCCCCAUAUCCACCACCUCUGCCACCUCGAACACCGGGUUGCAUUGGGGCUUCUGGGGUGCGUGUGUGCAAAACAGACUGGCGCAACUCCAGCCACUCCUCUUCUUCUGCCUCUUCUUCCGCAUCCUCAGCUCCUUUGGACCCUACUGGCUAUUGUGGCAACAACGGCUAUAAUCAAACGCAUGAGCUAGAGCCUUGUCGUAGUCGCCCGAAAGCCCGGCCUUUCAGCAACUCUUCCCCCUUACCUUCCGGCAGAUUCUGUUCAUCCAACAGGUCUGAGUGCCCCGAAAGAGUCGCCCCUGACAAUGAAGAAUUUCUUGUUAAACGGGAACUAUCCACGGGCCUUGGAGAGAUUGAGACCUGUUACGCCUCCAUUAAAAUCAACCAACCGGUGCCUAUUCUAAAUCAUUAUUAUCAUCAAUACAAUCAGAUUGAAUGCCCCCAACAACUCCGACAAUUUUUGCCACAUCAAGACCAGGUGAUUUCCAGUACCUCACCAUUGUCACAUAUAAACGAUAGUAAAUUUGCUUUGCCAAUGAUGCCCAAUUGGCAGACUAAUUUAGGCUUCUCUGUGCCGCAACCUUUCAACCUACCUGCGCCUGUGCGGACUCAAGCUUUAUUUAAUGAACCAGCGUCCGGGCCGCAUCAGCGUUCGGCAAGCGCCAGAUGGCCGUCGCGCAGAUGUGGGCUGUCAGAAGGACCGGCA